AUGAACGGCCGCGUCUGGGACCACGGGCAGCCCCUCAUGUGCCGCACGCCCGAGAACGUGCCGGGCCUGCGUGCGCGGAUGGUGUGGCCGCGCGAGGAGUUCUCCUGGCUCGCGGGCGUGGAGUCCAACUUCGAGGCCAUCAAAGAGGAGCUCCUGGGCGCCCGGGGCGGGAGCAGCUCCAGCGGCUUCCAGCCGUACAGGGACCCGAUCGUCGGGGGCAACGCGGACAGAGCCGCGGCGGACGGCCUCGGCGCCGAGGGCGUCGACAGCGGCGCGUGGAACGUGCUCUACCUCCUCCUGAACCACAAGAGGUUCGAGGAGAACUGCGCGCGCUUCCCAGCCACCGUCAAGACCAUCGAGGAGGCCUUCCCGCGGCACUACUCGCACGCCUUCUUCUCGGCGCUCACGCCUGGCUCUCACAUCGUGAAGCACCACGGUCCCUCCAACCGCAUGCUGCGGGUCUGGCUGCCCCUGCUGGGCCUGGAGGGUUUCCGGCUCCGCGUGGGCGACCAGGUGGUCGAGCCGCGCGCGGGCGAGGCCUUCGUGUGGGACCACAGCUUCGAGCACGAGGCGUGGCACGAGGGGGACCAGACCCGGGUGGUGCUCAUCGUGGACGUGUGGCACCCAGACCUGAGCGCCCCUGAGGUGAAGUUCCUGUCCACGCUGCAGAAUUGCCGCCUGCGCGCGGGCCGAGCGCUCGCCGAGCACUACGAGAGCAGCAGCAGAGGGAAAGCGGCGAGGCGCACGAGCCGCAGGACGCGACCUACUUCGAGAUCGUGGAGAGAAGGCCAAGCACCUCCUCACGGAUGA